GAGACGGUCAACUCCAGGCCAAAAUUUGUCCGAAGUUAAGAAUGAUGCUGCAUCUCUCUCUGUUCUGUGUGACUUGUAUAAGUCUAUCCUUUUUAACCAUCUCCUCCAGUAAUUUCCAGAGGGCGCUACCAACGCUUUUUGGAUAAUUUGAAAUGUCUAUGUACAGAAUGAUAAAGAAGAAGAAAAAUUUAUGAAAGAAGCGGAAUGGCGCAUGACUCUGUUUAUCCUAUCUCUAAGAAUCAUUUUGAAUUUCCUUAGAGAACGCCUCGUGCAAGUGAUUUAAUUUAGAUUUUAAUUUUUAUUAUGGCCGAAAGAAAGUGUUUAAUAUGUGGGGCUUCUGAGUCAGAAGUCCAGAGAUUAUUUUGUUUUCCAUACAACCCUGCAAGGAAUGAGUUGUGGAUGCAAACUCUGGGUUUUAAAGCAUGUGCUGUAAGAAAGCAUCACAGAAUUUGCAACAACCAUUUCAGAAGGGAAGCUUUCACCGAUUCAAGUUUGCAGAAACUGAAUAGAAAUGCUAUUCCCAUGCCUUGGGUAAUCUCUUCUUCUGCAGCAAAUACAUUGGAAAGCAUGCCUUCCCUUAUUAAUGAGGAACAUGCUGGUACAUCAGGUAUAUCCACAUUCCCAGCGUCAGUUCUAGCUGAUGAGGUAGAACCUAACACUGAUGAGGAACAUGCUGCUGUAUCAAGUACUUCCACAUUCCCAUCAUCAGUUCCAGCUAAUGAGGGAAAAGCUUCUGUAACUGAAGAGAUACAUGCAGGUACAUCAAUUUCAUUAUCAGUUGCAGCUUACGUAUUCACUUUGGUCAGUGGAGGGCAACUGGACUCGGAAGCUGUCGCUACGGCAAACUUCAUCACGGAAGUGGACAUGCUGUUCGACAGCUUCAAUGGGAAAGCGGCUGUAGGUCCUUUUGGAAAGGAGCUGAGGGGACCUUUGAAGCUAGGCUCCCCUCACAUAAAAUUUUGGAAGGAGGAACAUGAGAAGGUGCAAAAUUGGCAGUUCAUGAGGUAUACAAAAAAUGGCAGAAUCCGAAAAUCUAUGCCACCUUCCCAAACAGGUUGGCUCCAAUCUAUAAAUGCGAUUCAAAUGAUCUGGAAAUACUUAAGGAACAAUGGUUUCAUUUCCCUGAGGACCAGAUCUUUGAAUCAAGAUCCAUUGGAGAACCUGUUUGGGCAAAUAAGGUAUGGUUGCGGAUCCAAUGACAAUCCUACAGUGCAGCAAUUCAUUGGGACCCUGAAAACACAACUCCUCAAUGGUUUGGUUAAUCAAAGCUUUCAAGGGAGAAAUUGUGAGGAUGACGAAAAUACACUUUUGUGUAAUUUGAAAUCAUUCCUCAAUAUUUCCCUUGAGAGGGAGGAGAUGGAAGUUCCAGAAGAUGCUUCUUUGACCGAUCAAAUACCUCAGUUCCAGACGUCACCUGAGGAACUGUCGGUUAAUAUAUCGAGAGAAGUUUCUUCUGGAAACCCUGGUGUUUUUUCGGUAGCAUAUGUGGCAGGAGCUAUUGUGAAAACCCUCAAAAAACACAUAUGCUGUGCCUUAUGCGAUAAUAUGAUCAGUUCAUCCAGUUCAGAACCUCAAAAUUUAUUCAUAGCGAAUAAAGAAUUGUCGGAUGAAAGAUCAGUCCUAAUGUACCCAAGUGAAAGGUACUUUGUUGCUGUAGGAUGUGGAAUUAACAGGUUGGAGGAAUUUUUAGAUAACUCCCCAUCCCAUCCUAAAGUAGCAGCAACCGCACUUGGGGUACUUAGAUCUGACAUAAAUUUUGAGGAUCUAGGAUGUCCUGAUCAUAAAAAUCGCAUAAGGGACAUCACGACUGCUGCAAUAUGCAGGAUUGGCAUUCCUUGGUGGUGCAAAAGGAAGUGCGAAGAAGUAAAGUCAGAUGCCAAAAAAAAGGCCUAUGAAAAAAAAAUUAAAAAAUUGCGUCAUUCCUGA